AUAUUACUGUGACAGUUGCUCGUGGCGCUUCAGACGGUGCAAUACAAAAUCUGUUGCUUCAUCCAUCUUAAUUAGUAAUUUCACCUGUUUUUUUUUAGUCUGCAGCAGUGAACGCGUUUCGUACUCUUAUUACUGUAAAGAGCGCUGAAGUGUCGAGUGGCAGGUGGAUUUUGCAUUGUGCGUGUCUUACAACAUUCAUCAAUAAGCUAUAAAUACCUACAGCUACGCAUAGUUUGUUAUGAAUUAGAGUCUAAUUAUUAGACGAAUACGCAUUAAAUUGACUUCGAUUGGUGUUUCAAUUUAAAUUUUGUGAAAUUUGAAAUUGCAGUCAACUAGAUAAGCGACUUGCACCAAUUUAUAUAUUUGAGUGGAUAUCGAAAUUAUAAUAACCGGCACCGGCAGAAAAAAUAAAUAAAUUAUAAUAAAAAAAUAAUAAAAAUAAAUAUAAAAAUAUAAAAAAAAAUAAAAAAUAAAAAUAAAAUAAAAUAAAAUAAAGCUAAGUGGCACAGAACUAAACUGACCAAUCUACUAAUUGAAACGAAACAGUUUUAAUUUUUUGGCUAGCGGCUACCCACUCCAGGUUUGCAGGCACCGCGCACCGCUUAAAACCCCCAAAUGAAUCCGAUAAGCGAUGACGCGCCACCCAUACUGCGUCCACUAUCACCUGCCUUGCAAAAAAUCGCCGUCGAGGAGCUGGACGAAGUGCCGAAUCGCGUGGCCGACGAUGUUCUCGCUUUCCGCCAAUGGAUAAACAAGCAACCACAUUUAUGCGCGCGCACUAAUGAUCAAUUUCUUGUUGGCUUUCUGCGCGGUUCCAAGAACAGUUUGGAGAAGGCGAAAAAGAAAAUCGAUCGUUAUUAUACACUGAAAGCAGCCUUGCCAGAGGUAUUCAACGAGCGACGGCAGAUCGAUGAUCCUAUGGUGUUGGAAAUUGUGCGUUUAGGCGUCAUACUGCAGAUACAACUCCCAGCCGACUAUCAUGGACCCUGUAUUACUAUUAUACGCGCCUGCUCGUACGACACUACCAAAUACAAAUUCGCCGAUAUUAUACGGGUCGGAUCGAUGUUUGGCGAAAUUAUGACCAUCGAGGAUGAUAACUCUACGGUCAGCGGUUAUAUUGAGGUUAUGGACAUGAGCAAUGUAAGCGGUCAACAUUUUCUGCAGUUAAGACCGGAUUUGCUGCGCAAAUUCGCGGUUUUCGCGGAGGAGGCGAUGCCGAUGCGUCAACGUGGCACACAUUUUAUCAAUGUGCCGGCGCCCUUCGAGAAGGGCUUCAGAACGUUGAGCACAUUGUUUCCAGAGAAAAUGUUGAGCAGGAUUUCCGUCAACUCUAACCCAGAGGCGUUGUUCGACUUUGUACCGCGCGAGUACCUGCCUCAGGAAUAUGGUGGCGAAAAUGGCACCAUAGACGAUAUUAUUGAACGCAUGGAAGCGAAAUUGCUGCGCUAUCGCGACUACUUUUUGUUGGAGCCGAAGUUCGGCACAAAUGAAAAGCUGCGUGAGGGUGGGCUUUUCAACUAUGAGAACUGUUUUGGUUUGGAGGGUUCAUUCCGUAAAUUGGAGGUUGACUAGCUAAAGUACUUAUUUAUUUAGAAAGUAGUAAAAUUGUAAGGGUAUACAAAAUCAAAAUUUUGUAAUUUGGAUUUAUGUCAUUUAAAAAUGCAUAAUUGAUAAUGGGAACCUGAACGCAUCUGAAAACGUUUUUUGAAGUCUCGUGGAUACCAGUUAUUAAUCGUUUUUAGAAAAACAAAAAACCAUAUAUACAAGGAAAUUGCAAUUAAAAUAUCAAUGUUUGAUUUUAAAAUAUGAAAAAAGUAAGUUCUUCAUAAAAUAAUUCAAUAACUUUUGAAUCAAAAUCCUGACUGUAUUUGCCGCAGUUUGUUUUUGUAAGUAUAUAAGUUUAAGUUAUAAAAUUUAAAUAAAUGCAUACAUAUGUACCAUACCUAAA